CUCAAACAACUCAGUCUGUCAGUGUGCGCCGAGCGUUAGGAACAAGUCUCACUAGUCGGAUUUGCAGCCAGUGAGAGAGACACAUCGAGAGAAUCCAAGCAGGACAGACGAGAAAUGAACUAUCUAAUGACUUGCCACAUCCGAGCACAUUCUCAAAUACCCUGCAACCGAAACCCAUGAAUAAGGAUUGCAAUAUUUUUCCACCCUGGAAAAUCUGGCAAUAAUUUUGUCAGUCUCGACACAUUUGUAAAUUUCUGUUGACUUGGUUUUAAUUUGCAUUAAUUUUGCUGUUUGUUUUUAUUUCCGUUAAUUAUCUGGAUUGCAACAUUUAAUUUGUGUAUGCGGAAUUACUGGAAUCUCAGAGGCAAGCAGGAAAAUCCAGUAGGAGAACUAGAGGUGAAGAAGAGAAGCAGCGAGAUCUGUCCAGCAUCAACAUGUUCUUCUGAAGAGGCGAGGAAAAGCUCAUCCCAAACCAUCAUCCAUCUACCAUCACAUUCCCGUCCUAAUUCGUCGGGAAAAAACAGAAUCAAGUGGAAGUGAAAAGGGAAUGGGAAAGAUAGGUCCAGCCUAAACGCCGAGGAAAAGAAAUAAGCAUCACGAAUUUUUGGAAAAGUAAACUCUUUGCAAGGAAAAACGGCUGUGGGAAUUUGUGGGAGUUUCAUCCACGAGCUACUUUUCCCUAAAGACGUUUUUUUUGUGUGUGGAAUUCUCUGCUUAAAUCCACAUUGACUGCACCUUUGUUUAAUCUAUUCUCCUGUGUUUAGUAGAUAUCCAUGCAGGCUCCCAAAACACGUUGUCCCUGAUCACACUGACGGAUUCACCUGAACCAAAUACGCUUUGUUCCGAGUCCAGAGAUCUCCAUCCUCUGGGAGAGUAUCCCACACAGCUUUGAUGGGAGUAAAUAGAAGGAAUUCGGGAUUUCAAAUGGCGAGUCUGGGCUGUGAAAAUGGAUUGGGAAUUCUGCUGAUAUUCUUAGUGGAUUUACUCGGGAUCACGGCGACCAACAUGGAGCCCAUCUACUGGAAUUCCUUGAACAAAAGGUUUAGUGAUGAUAAGGGUUAUGUCCUGUACCCUCAGAUCGGGGAUCGUCUGGACCUCAUUUGCCCAGCAUCUGAGCCGCCCGGUCCCCGCGCCCCUGCCGAUUAUGAGUACUAUAAACUGUACCUGGUGUCUUCACGGGACCAGGCAGACAGGUGUGAAGUGACCGGAGCCCCAAACCUGCUCCUCACCUGCGAUAAGCCCAACAGUGACAUGCGUUUCACCAUCAAGUUUCAGGAGUACUCGCCCAACCUGUGGGGCCACGAAUUCAAAACCAAUCAGGACUACUUCAUCAUCGCUACAUCAGACGGGACACGUCAGGGGCUGGAGAGCAUGAGAGGAGGAGUUUGCGCUACACAGGGCAUGAAGGUGGUGCUGAAAGUGGGACAGAGUCCAUAUGGUCUGCCGGCCAAAUCUCCCAAACCUGACCCCGCGGGCCGUAUCAACAACCCAAAUCCAGGUGCUGGAAACAACACACAUCCCAGAAUUCCUCCCAGAAGUCCUGGUGGAGAAAAUGGCCCCCUUCCUCCCUCCAACAUUGCUGUUAUCGCAGGUGCAGCCGGCGGUUCGGCCUUCCUCCUGCUCGUGACCGCCGUGAUCUGCGUGGUGUGCUACCGACGACGACAUGCCAAGCAUUCCGAAUCACACCACCCUCCCCUCUCCCUCUCCUCCCUGACCUCGCCCAAACGGGGAUGCGGUGGGGGCGUAGGAGGUGGCAACAACAACGGCUCGGAGCCUAGCGACAUCAUCAUCCCGCUGCGGACUUCUGACUCCGCCUACUGCCCGCACUACGAGAAAGUGAGCGGGGAUUACGGCCAUCCGGUCUACAUCGUACAGGAGAUGCCCCCUCAGAGUCCCGCCAACAUCUACUAUAAAGUAUGAGAACCGGAGACGACCUUACCGACAACAUCCGCUGAGACCACUCCCACCUUAAACGACUACCUAAAUCACGCCCCCAAGCCCCGCCCCCCACAGUCGGCAUCCCCGUAGAUCAGAUUCUUUUACCUUCACACGCAUUUCUCCGACACACUGACCGCUCGUGGUGAAGUGUGUCUGUGUGUGUGUGUGUUAUCAUUCCUCGCCACUCCCCCCAACUUUGGCCUUUUGUUGGAGAGAGGAUGUCCUGUUGUGAGGGCCUCCCUCUCUCUGACGUCCCACAUGGGGAAAAGUUCUUAAAGCUAGAGAAGACCUCCUGGAGCGAUUCAGCCAACUGAAAAACAUUAACUCCUUUUAUGGGGGGCAUUCUGGAGCACAAGCAUCAAAACUUUUUUCUGAUGUACUUGCAAAAACUGAGACUAUAAACAUACAAAAAAGAAAAAGAAAACUUGUCCAAACCUACAAAGACAACUUUGAGUUUGAAUGCUACAUUUACUCACAAAUAGCAGUCUAGUUUGUGUUAAACUCCUUCGUAAGGGGGAGGGGCCAUUGAUUCAGCCAGUCGUCACAUAGGGCUGCAGUCACGUGAUCUAGGACCCAUGUGUUUGAUUGGUGGAGUUGUAGUGGCGUGGAGAAUCUUGUAUAUUUUAAUAACGUGUGUAUUUUGUGAGUGUGUAGGAUAAAUAUUCCAACACUCCAGUCGCACAAGUUGCGACCGGCGUGCAUCAAUACAACUCGCGAGUGUUUUUGUGCGUGGAUGAGUGUGCGAUUGAGUACAGUGUUAGUGUGAGCAAGGGCGUGUGUGUUUGUUAGACUGUUUCAAACCAAAACACAAAAAUAUGAGCGAACAUCAAAAAAGUUUUUUAUCGCUUUCAACACAUAGAUUAUAAUUAUAUAUGAAUACUCAGUAAAAUAAUUUUUAGAUUUCUUUUUCAUGUAAAUUUACAGUUUGCUAGGCCUAAUUUUUGUUUUCCUAUUUUUUAUGACAUGCUGACCUUGUUUCCUUCCCUUUUUGAGUUGUAAAUUAAUUUAAUGCUUUCAUUUUGUUGCAGAAACCAACCAAGUUUGUUUGGUUCCCCCUCAUUUUCCUCUUUCCCAGGAGUCUCCUCCGCUCUACACAUAUAUUUUUAUAGCUCCUUGUACUCUGAUGUAGUUUUGAAGAUAGACCUCGUUUGUGAAUGUGUUGAGGUAGAACAAUCCGAGAAGUUUUUUUUUAUUAUUAUUAUUUUUAAAGACGCUUGGAAAAAAGGGAAAAAAACCCAGAAAGGAGGCAAGAAUUGGAUGGGGGUGAAAUAAAAAAGAAAAGAAUGCGAACACCGCCUGUUGGGAAGGCAAACACACGAGCGAGGAAACUUCCAGAACGACUGUGAAACUAUGGAAGAAUCACACAUUAAAAGAAAAAAAUAGGGGAGGGGGAGGUGGGGGGAGAGAAGGAAAGUUGAAAGAUGCUUGAAGGAGGAAAGAAAGAGAGAGAGAAAGAGAGGGAUGGAAAGGUUUUUAUUAACUCGUCUGAAACAGUGGAAGAGGCAGAUCUAGGCCCGGUGGUCUUCUGAGGUACAAAGAGACAGAUGAGGGGAAGAAAGGAACUCAUUCUCUCAGAUGGACAACGGGAUAGAUGGACACACAGAAUUACUCUUACAGACACACAGUGCUCUUUUGUGUUCACAUGAAGUGAAGUGGAAAUAUUUCUAGACUCGUUUCAAAUUCUUGAGUAUCUGCGGGCACGUCUCAAUUUAAUGUAGACUUGUUCGGACACACAUACAUACACACACUUUUGGAGAACGACUCAAUGGCCAUGGCACACAGAAAAGCUCUUGUAAAGAGAUUUAAUCACAUACACACACACAUGCACACCUCCAAAACACAAUCAAAAGCCAUUCUGAUUGGGCAUAUAUGCUGGUUACCUCAACAAAUGCAGUGAUUAGCAUUGUUCUUUCGCGUUCUCUUUCUUCCCUCUCUUUGCCUUUCUCUCACACACACACACAAUCAUGCAGCUUUGUAACUAGCUGUGUGUUUUUCUCAGUUAGUGCCAAUGAAAAGCUCUCUUUUAGGCCUGCAACAUACUCUACGCAAGUAUGCUAGCGCAAACGCUUCUAGCACGUCGCUGCAUUCUGAAAUGUGUUAGAACUCAAUUGCAUUCUCAGUAUGACCACAAAGGGUGCUAUAGGAUGUUUUAGCAUACAUUUUCUUCUUCUGCAGUCAGUUUUCUGUUUGGGAAACAAUCUCGCUAAGCUAGUUAGCCAUCUAUGCUAUUCCAAAAAGUUAGCUAAAGCUAUUCACAGGCUGAAUUCAAAAUGGCAUACUAAUAAGCUAGUAUACUAUUACAUUAUUAAUAUCAUGACCAUGAUUUAAUUAAAAUAAGGGAACAAAUUAGUACAAUGCUUUUCCUGAAAACAACUAAACUUCGUUCACAUUUGAUCUAGCACUUUCUAAUGUGUUGACCAAGCAUUAGCAUCCAUGUUUGCAUGCUUGCGUAGAAUAUUUUUCUGGCCUUAGGAGUACAAAUUGUGUUCUGUUUCACUGCCAUUGUCACAGUGUGUUUUGUAUGCGUGUAAAAGAAUGUUAUCGCUAAGAAAUACACCGCAUACACGCACAUAAUAACAAGCCAUUCAUACCCAAAAAUGUUGGUGGUCUUAUUUUCCAGAUGUGAUUUGUGACUGACUUGAACAAUCUGUUACUGUUUUCAAUCUGCCUAGAAAGCUUCAAUAUUUGUCUCUCAAAAGCAUUUAGUUUUGUAUCACUCUGGUGCAUCAAGACUGUGAGAAAAAAAAAAAACGACAUUGUUUUCCUGUCACAUUGAUGUUUUCUUCUUACACGCAAAUUUGGAUUUUGUUACUUCAAUAUCAAGUUGCCUAAAAUGUGGAGGUAUUUCAUUUGUUCAGCGCUGUUGUAUUCGUGAGCUGUUUCAUACAUAUUUAAGCGUUCAAUUUCUGUUCCAAUUCUGUUGCAUUUACUAAAACAAUCAGCGUAAGCCAUGUCUCUGACCCUGUGCACAUGGACUUGGAUACAUGUGUGUGCGUGUUGGUGCGCGUAUUUGUCCGAAAGACACGUUGACAUCGUUCAAAGACGGACCGACGUGGAGGGGAACGUUCGCAGGUGCUGUUGCGUUCGGAUCACAGAGGACACAUGAGGAGACACAAACUCUCUCUGCUCACCAUCCUCCCUUUUUUAGGUCUCGUUUAUCGAACAUCUGGCCUCAGAAAGGUCCAUCUUCUGUCUUUCAUAUCGAGCGGUUCUUUGUGCACUUGCUUUCGCCAUGAACGCUGGGACCAGUAUUCUGUACGCAGACACAAGCGGGGGACGGAACCACAAAGUGUGUAUUUUUUUAGAGAACGCUUCAGUUGUGUGUACGUGUUUCUCUGUGCCAAUAGCCAGCGGGUGGCGGCCACUUUAAAGACCUCCAUUCCUCUCCAGUGAUGUGUUCAGACGUUUGUAAAACACCAUGUUUGUGUGUGAUGUUUUCUUUUCUGUGUCCAUCCCUCCAUCUUUCGCCCCCCUCACGAUCCCUCUCUUGUUUUCCCUCCUGCAUACAUGCCUUUAAAAGGGUUAAACAACUAAUACAUUCCUUUGAAGAAAUGUUGAUUAAAAAACACAAAAAAACUUUACAA